UGCACGCAUACCCGGCUUGUGCACGGCACUCGGCCCCACUCCCGUGCUGCACCCCCACCGUGUCGUGAGCGCAGCUCUCUGUUUCACCUUUGUUUCCCUGUAAGAGCUCAUUUCCGACACAGGAGCCCCGGUAGAGGGGAGGCUUUCCCAGCGUGUCGGAGGAGGGCUCCCUCCUCCCUGUUUCCUGCAGGUGACGGGCAGAGGGAAUCUACAGGCUGGGCUGGGUCGUCCUGCAGGUCAGGCUCUAGAACAGUCCCAGCAAGGGCUCACCUCUGCCUGCCUCUGGAUUUUCCACUGCGGGGCAAACCAAGACCACGCCUUGGAGACCUGACUGGGGUCUCUCACUUUGGCUACGAGCGCUGGGUCGUCUACGUGGGAGAUGGCUAUGCGGUCCAUCUGGCUCCCUUGGGUAAGGAUAUGCUCCCUCUCCCUUUUUUUCUUUUUUUACCUGGAGAGCCGGCAGGAAGCCCUGCCUCCUGGUGGUGGAGGAAAGUUGUGAAGAGGUGCUCGGGAAGAGCCCCGGUGCAGGGCUUAGCCCGGUGCCCAACCAACCUCUCUUUCCUUCUGGACAACGUUGAGCUGAGCAAGUGUGGACACUUGCCCGGCCCCAUCCCUUCGGUCUGUAAAUGCUGCUGCUGGAAUGACGUGGUCGGGAGAGACAGGUACCACGUCAACAACAAACACGAUGACAAGUACUCGCCGCUGCCUCCCAGCAAAAUCGUCCAGCGGGCGGAGCAGCUGGUGGGCCAGGAGCUGCCCUACUCGCUGCCCUGUGAGAACUGCGAGCACUUUGCAAACGAGCUGCGCUACGGAGUCGCCCGCAGCGAUCAGAUCCCUGAUGCGGUCAAGACCAUACAAGCGGCUCUCCUGGCUGCCACGGUCUUCGUGAGGAUUCUGUGGGCCAGAAGCAAGCGGAAAAAACAAUGAGCUGAACGGAACUGUCCUCCGGGUAUCCGGUGACUAUGGAGCAAACGUGGCCUGGCCAGCAGCCGUGGCGUUUGGUUUAUUGACUUCAUUCUGUUUCGUGACCCUUGAGGCCUGUUUUAGCAAAGCUAAAUGAAAGC